CAGUAGACCGGUAGUUGAUUUUGGUUUUGCCGUACCAUAAGAUAUUAUCCUCAAACUCCUCAAAAAAAAAAUAAAAAAAAGAGUGUAAAGAGUAACCCGUAUGAGAAACUUGGGAUGAAAGUCAAGUCAUGCAGGCGUAAGCAGCUAGCAAAAUACCAUGAGAAGGUUGAGAGAUCAUGUGUCUUUAAGGCUUUUAAUUUAUUAAUCAGUGUAUAUACUUCAAAGAGAAAAAAGAGUGAGAGUUUUUCAGUUUUUGCAUCAGGCCUGAGGGACAAGAAACGCGGUUUUAGAGUUGCGAGACAGAGCAGCAACAGCUGGUUUUUUUUUUCCGUCUCUCUUUUUUUGUUUUGUUUUUCUAUAUUGGCAAUGGCUGAGUUAGUACUACUAUUUAGACUGCGCGUCCUUGAGUGAAUCACAGCCCACCCAAAAUGUUGAUUAAAAAUAAGCCUGCAGAUCCUGAAAGUUGCCUCUGAAGAAUCCUAUGUCUCUCUAAACCAAAUAAACAAAAGGGUAUUUCAUUUUUGCCGUAAACAAUUGAUUUUUACAAUAUAUGAUUAGCCAUGAAUAGUUGUGACAUGAACAAUAAAACAUAAUAUGAUAAAGACCCUGGUAGAAAAUUUUUCUGGUUUUCCCUUGGUCCAUUUUUUUUAAUGUGUAUUUGCUGGAUGUCAACUGGGGUGGGGGUGACUUGCUAGGUAAUUCAAGGAACUCUAGAAACAGCCGUUUAACUUCAAAUUUUUAAUAAGAUUUUCUUUGAAAGUCUUUGAUUGGUGCAUGUGUGCAUAUGGGGUACCUAUCCUGAGUGCAAUAACAACUGCCAUUUCCUUUAGAAGUUACAGCUGCUAUAGGCAGGGGGGAUUUGGAAAUUAUCUGCAUACUUUCAAGCUGAUGAAUUCUUUUUAGUCAAUUGAACUGCCUUCUAAGAAAUUAGUCAGAUAAAUCUUAUUUUGAAUCAUUCACUUCUAAAAACUUUCAAAUCAUAUCAUGUUACAAUGUCCAUCUCCUGCCGGUUAAAUCUUACAGAAAGUCUAAGGAAUAACUUGUCUACAUUAAUGAUGUGAUAUUGAAUUAUAUCAAAAACGCUUUCUAGCUGUAAUUUGUUAAUGUACAAAACUAUUUGUGCUUUCUUCAUCUCCGUCUUCUAAUCAACAAGUAGGUUGAAUGGGAGGUUUGCAAAUUGACAUUUCUUCUGAUUCGCUAUAUCUAUCCAUAAAUUUUUCUUCUAGAUGUUUGGUGGAAAAUAUUUAUUAUACCAGCCAUGGGGAACUGGGGUUUUACCAUAGAGAAGGAAAUUAAUAUCUGUUUUCCUUUUAUAUAAAGCUGAAAUAUCUGUCUGUCAAGCAUUUCAAUAUUUUCAUAUUCAUAUGUGGAACAAUACUGAUUGACCAAGGGAUCUUCCAACUUCAAAAACUCAAGUCCCUCUUCUAUAAAUAGCAAACAACCUUCUUUCUCCCCACAUUCAGCUCUUUACCUCAUUGCUUUCGUCACUUUUAAAAGAACAAGAACCAAAAGCAAAAGCUAUACCAAAGCAUUUGAUCCUUCAACAAAAACACACAGCCCCGACAAAGCAUUGGUUGAGUCUUCUGUGUGCAAUUUGUUCAUCAAAGUGUUGAUUGCUAACUGAAGACUGCUGUUCGUUGAAUGCUUGAUCUUCUUGAUACCUCAUUGCCAAUGGUGAAGACUGAUAAGCAAAAGAUCCAACCAGAGCCAUCAAAGCAAAUGACAUCAACAACAUCUCCAACAUCAUCAUCAUCCUGCAAAAAGAAGAAGUACAAGGGUGUAAGAAUGAGGAGCUGGGGCUCUUGGGUGUCAGAGAUUAGGGCUCCAAAUCAGAAAACAAGAAUUUGGUUAGGGUCUUAUUCUACACCAGAAGCAGCUGCUAGAGCCUACGAUGCUGCACUUCUAUGCCUCAAAGGUUCCUCAGCAAAUCUCAACUUCCCAAUCACUUCCUCACAAUACAUUCCUGAUACCAUUAUGUCUCCUAAGUCAAUACAAAGAGUGGCUGCGGCAGCUGCAAAUAGUUUUGUUGACAAUGCCACCACCCCACCAAUAUCUCCACCUCCUCCCUCCACAUCAUCCUCGUCAGUUUCUUCCCCAUCAAUGUCCUCUUCACCAUCUGAUCAAGUUGAUGAUGAUUUGUCACUAAUACAAUUACUUGUUGCCAACGACGAGCCUAUUUCUUUGAUGGAACCAUGGUACAGCUCCUUUGACAGCCUGCAAUCUCCCAAGUACAUUGAUCAGAUGUUCAGUGUAGCCCCAUUUGAUCCACCGACAGUGAUCGAGGAUUUUUAUGAGGAAGGCGAUAUUCGUCUCUGGACUUUUUGCUGAGGCAAAAACCAAUUGAAAAAAAAUCCAAAGUCAAGGCAUUACACCAUUCUUUUUGUCCAUUCUAUUCAUUGAUGAUCAAAAGUUGUUGCUUGAAGAUGUUACUGACAGUGACCAAAAUUCAUAUUUUGGUCUAUUUUGAGUUAGGGAGAAGAAAUCCACAUGGAGAUGAAAACAUUUUUUUUGGAAUCUCAAGUAGGGGCUUCUACAUAUUAAAUUUAUGUAUUAAUUAUGCAAAUUAGGUGUGUCAUAUUCAGUGUUAUCAAUGAUCAUCCUACCUUUGUAAUGGAACAAAUAAGUGAAAAAAAAAAGAGAAGAAAUUAAAGAAUCAUCUUUUCUAUAUGUUUAUUGUUAAAUGUAAUGGUUUUUCAUGCUAUUCCUAUUCCGUUUAUUUUUACAGGCCUUUGGAAAGUGAGCAGAAGCCCCCCUUUUAGAUUGUUUUUGUAAAAAAUGUCUCUGUCACUGGGAACAAACUGUAGAGGUUGUUGAAACUUGAAACCAUAUGCAGUUGCU